AUGUCAGAGAACCUCUUCCCCGGCACAGACGCUGCUGCAGCUCCUGGACUUUCCCAAGACCUCUCUCUAGAGGUUGUUGCUCCUCUUACAUCCCUCGGUCUCGGCGGCCUUGCCUCAUCAUUCGGAGACAUCAUCAGCACUGCUGGGAUCGAUGUCAAGAAGCGCCAGAGUCUGGUCCAGGACCUCUUACCAGAGCUCGUCGACCUGCUCAAUCGCCUCGGCCUGACUGGUCUCUCGCAUCCUGUCGGUAAUAUCGUCGAUACUCUCGGUAAGGACGUCAAGAAGCGUCGAGAACCUGGCCUUUUCGAAGAUCUAUCUCCUGGACUCGUCGAUUUGCUCGACCGCCUGGGCCUAGUUGGUCUCUCCCCACCAGUUGGAGACAUUGCUGACACCCCUGGCAAAGAUGUGAAGAAACGUCAGGCACCUGAUCUUCUCGAGGACUUGUGUCCCGAACUCGUUGCUCUACUGACUUCCCUUGGUCUCGGUGGUCUUGCUCAUCCGGUUGAUGACGUUAUCACCACCGUCGGCCAAGAUGUCAAGAAGCGUCAAGCUCCGGGCCUUCUCGAGGACCUAUCUCCUGAGCUCGUUGCUCUUCUGACUUCUCUCGGACUUGGUGGUCCUGCACCUCCCGUUCGAGGGAUUGUCACCACUGCUGGUCAGGAUGUCUAG